AUGGUGAGCAUUGUAUCUGAUUUGGCAAAGUCAAAUUUGGAGAAAUUGAUUAAUGCAACAAUAGAACAAUCACGUUAUAUUUGUUGCUUCACAUGCAUUACUGAUGACUUUGAAAAGGAAAGGGAAAAUUUGAUAGCAAAAAAGGAAACAUGGGAAGAGUAUGCUAUAGUGGCAACUAGAAAAGGUGAUAACAUAAGAAAAGAUGUCACACAUUGGCAAAAGCAAGCUAAAGAACUUAUUGGAGAAGACACCAAAAUGAAAGUGACAUGUUUCUUAGGAUGGUGUCCUAACUGCAAAUGGCAAUAUAGCAGGGGGAAGGAAUUGGAAAGUAAGACAAAAGAGAUCAGAAGACUUGUUGAACGCAACUUUGAAAAUGUUGGAAUCAGUCGUGAUGUUCCUGACAUCGAAUAUCACUCUUCUCAAAAUUACAUUUCUUUCGAAAGUAGAAAGUUGAAAUUUGAAGAACUUUUUAAUGCCUUGAAAGAUGACAACAACUAUAUGAUUGGAUUGCAAGGGAUGGGGGGCACAGGAAAAACAACAUUAGCAAAAGAGGUGGGUAAGGAGCUUAAGAAGUCAAAAUGUUUUAAUCAAGUAAUUGAUACUACAAUAUCUAAUACCCCUGAUAUGAAAAAGAUUCAAGAUGAUAUUGCAGGACCAUUGGGACUGUCAUUGAAGGAUUUUACCGAAUCAGAGAGGCCUAAAAAGUUGAAGGAUAGAUUAACCAAUGGGGAAAACAUUCUUCUAAUUCUAGAUGAUGUGUGGGGAGAUAUCAAUUUUGAAGAAAUAGGUAUUCCAUUUAAGGACGACCAUAACAAUUGUAGAAUUCUUGUAACAACCCGCAAUAUGAAGAUAUGCCAACAAAUGGAAUGUGACAAGACAAUUGAACUUCAUAUCUUACCUGAGAAAGAGGGAUGGAUAUUGUUCCAAAAGUAUGCUGGUUUAAGUGAUAAUUCCUCUAAAAGUAUUCUUGAUAAAGGUCGCAAAAUUUCUAAAGAGUGUAAAGGAUUACCAAUUGCAAUUGCUGUUAUUGCUCGUAGUUUAAAGGGUCCACGACCUCUGGAAGAAUGGGAUGUAGCCUUAAAAUCCUUGCAAAAGUCCAUGCACAUACAUGAUGAUGAAGAUGAAAGUUGGAGAAAAGUGUAUACAUGUCUAAAGUAUAGUUAUGACAAUAUGAAGGAUGAAACAGCCAAGAAAUUGUUCCUUUUAUGUUCUUUGUUUAGAGAAGAUGAAGAAAUAUCUGAAGAACUUUUAGUCAGACUUGCUAAAGGAGCAAAUCUCAUUGAGAAAAUUGAUGAGGAUUACAGUUACGAUGAAUGUCGUAAGAAAGUUAUUGUAGCAAAAUAUAAACUCACAGAUUCAUGUUUACUAUUAAACUGUGAAUCUGGAGGUGUAAAAAUGCAUGACUUGGUUCGUGAAAUGGCUUUGUUGAUAGCUAACAAGGAGAUUGUGGCAGUGAAUACAUCUAAGAAGAAUGAAAUGACAAUGGUAGAAAAGGGAAAGAAUAUUAAAUAUUUAUUAUGUGAAGGAAAAAUCAAUGAUUUGUUUUCCUCCAAGUUUAAUGGAUCUAAACUUGAUAUUCUUAUUGUGUACAUGAAUGACGAUGGUAUUGUGGAAGUCCCAAAUUCAUUCUUUGAAAACAUACCAGGGCUUCAAGUUUUGAUUUUAUCAAAUAAUCAAAAUAAGAAACCAAUUUUAUCAUUGCCUCAGUCAAUUAAAUUGUUGACCAAUAUCAAAUCUUUAUACCUCAAACAUUUCUCAUUAGGUAACAGCUCGAUUCUUGGAAACCUACAGGGCCUUGAGACUCUCGAGUUGGUUGCAUGUAAGAUGUAUGAACUGCCUAGGGAGAUUGGAAAACUGGUGAAUCUUAAAUUAUUGAAGUUGAAUUAUUGUCGUUUUGAAAUGAGCAAUGUAUUUAAAGUGAUUAAAAGUUGUUCUUCAUUGGAAGAGUUGCAUUUAGUAACCACUUAUGAUAAUAAAAUUUUUAAAGAUUGCCAUCUAGAGCUUCCUAACUAUCAAAGGUUUUGUAUAGGGGAACAUGAUGAUUGGUUCCGGGCCAAAUACCCUGAAUGGUUUUUAAGGAAUUCCCUGGAUGUGGAUAACGCUAUGGAAUUUUUUUCUGAGGAAACAUUGAAGAAUCUAGUGCAAAAAGCAGAAAUUCUUAGAUUAAGGGGACCUAUAGGAGUAUGGAAAAAUCUCAUACCUGAUAUUAUUUUUCCUGAAGAUGAAUCUACGAGUAAUCUAAUGGAGAUUUCUUUGGAAGAUAAUUCAGAACUCACAUGCCUAAUUGACAAUAAUGAUUCUCUUGUGCAAGAAAGUGCCUUAUCCAGGUUGGUUACGCUUAAACUUGAAGGAAUGAAAAAUUUGAAAGAAAUAUGCAAUGGACCCCUUCCCUCUGAACUGCUAAAAUAUUUAGAAACAAUCAGUCUAGAUAAUUGCAAUCAUCUUCAAGGCGCAUUGUUUAAGAGCAAGAUCUCCCUCUGCAAUCUUAAAGACUUGUCUAUCUGCUAUUGUCCAAUGUUGACAUGUCUUUUUGAGUUGUCAACGACACAAAGCCUAUUGUCGUUGGAGAAAUUGUCGAUAGUGUCUUGUGAACAAUUGAAAAGUAUAAUAAGAGAUGAAAACAAAUGGAAAGAUUCUAGAGAAGAAAUAAUUGAUACUCAUAAUAAUAACAAGAGUACUAUUUCAAUAUUUCCAAAUUUAACCACUCUUCUUGUCCAAAGGUGUCACCUGUUACACUUUGUACUUCCGGUUACUCAAAAAAUUCCAAAACUUGAAGAUAUUACAAUAGUCAACUGUGAUCGGUUAAAAUACUUAUUUGGCCGAUACCAACAUGAGCAUGAAGAGGAAGAUUUACACCAAGAAUUAAAAGACGUCAUAUUCACAUCUCCAAAACAUGUUUAUCUACAUAUCUUGCCUAAUUUUGUGGACAUUUUUAAAAAAUGUGAUGAGUCCUUCAUUUCAUCGAAGAAGUCAACUUCCAAAGAUGAGACCAAAGGAAAAAUAGAAUCAAAGUCCAUAAAAUGUAAGGUUUUACAUUGGACCCAUAAAUAUAAAAACAAAUGGAGAACUACCAAAAUUCCUUUCGAUUCCAAGGAUCAAUUGCGAGACUCUUCUCUCUCAAUGGUAAAUGAGCCCAAUGCAAAUGAUGUGAUUGCACAAGACAUGAGAGUGAGACUGGAAAAUAUGUCAUUGAAUGAUACAUCCAAGAUUCUUUUUACUCUACAAAACGUUACUGAGUUACAUAUUGAGAGGUGUGAAAAAGUUGAAGUAUUAUUUUGUGCUUCUAUGCUGGAAUGUUUACCAUAUUUAGGUGCACUUCACAUCUAUAGAUGCAAUGAAUUAAAGCAGAUAAUUGGUGAGGAUGCAAAGAAUCAGAGAAAGCCAUUUUUCCCAAGGCUGAAAGCAGUUAUCAUAAGAGAAUGCAACAAAUUGAAAUGCAUCUUUCCCAUUUCAACUUCCGAAAUGGUACCCAUGUUAGAAGCUCUGUUAAUAAUGGAAGCAAGUAUGCUAGAGGAAGUAUUCGAAGGAAACAGUGAUGAAAAGGUUGAGAUUCCAAAUCUGAAAACUGCAGGCUUUGUUGAACUUCCAAGCCUUCGUCAGAAGAUUGAAUUUCUUACCGUAAAACAUUGUUUGGUGAGGAAUUGUCCAAAACUGUACUUCUCUUCAUUCCCUCAAGAUCUCCAACAUUUUUCAUAUUCUAUCACAGAAUAUUUCAAAGAUAUGAAUCUCGAAUACUCAAUACCUGAAGCUCUUCGUGAUCUUAAAUCCGAAGAGAUUCGCAAUGAAGAAGACUCUGCAAUUGGGACUGAAGUUGAAGCAGCAUCAUUCAGAGGGAGUGAGUUAACUUCAUCACAGAACAAUGCAAACCAAUCUUCUCUUGCCAAGAUUGAUGAAGACAACAAACAUGAGGAUAUAGUGAAAGAAAGCAAAGAAAGAGUAGAGGAAGAACAACAAAUUGUUGUUGGAAAAGCUUCAUCAAUGCCAAUAUCACCAACAGAUUUUCGUCUACAUACAACACAUUCACCAGAAAACGAAGAAGAAAUGGCCAUACCUUCUUCAAAUCUUAACACAGAGCCUCCUAUAACUAAAGAUGUUAAUGAUGGAGAUUUUCAGGGAACAUCUAUUUCAGUGGUUACCAAUUCUCAAAAUACUAAUUCCACAGAAGCGACAGAUCAAAGUAUAAAGAAGAUAUUAACAGAGAUAACAGAUGAUCUUGACGAAGACUCUAAAACCACAGAUAUUAGGAGUCAGAAUGAAAUGACAAAAGCAAAAGAAGACUUUUCAAUUGAUGCUAAAGCUGAGGUAUUAUCAGGAAGUGACUUCACUUCAUCGCAGGAAACAAAGAAAACUUGUGAAGAUGGAACUACAUCACCGUAUGAGAAGACGAUAGCGUUGUCAACUGAUUCAGAAUCAGAACAUGGUGAAGCUCAAAUAUCUGUACCGUUUCCAGUUGUGAAUAUAGAACUUGAAACCACUGAAGAUGUUGGUGUUGGAGAGAUUCAAGAAGCUUCUCCAGAGAAACUUGAUGAGAUCACUCAAGAUUCAAGUUCUGGUUAUACUGUAAGAAGGGAGCUUGAGGAACUUGUCUCUAAGAAGCAUUUGGGGUCAGAGAACUUGGCUCUGUUAAGCAAUUUCCUUGUGAAGCAUCCUUCUCUUCGUUUAGCAGACGAUGCCAUGAGUGAGAGAUACAAGGGCUUUGCCUACACUUGUCUGGCUGAGCUUUUGAAGUUUCUCCAAAGCCAUAGUGUGUAUGAUAUGUUGGGGUCAAGCCACUCUGAAUUUGUUGAAUUGUUAAAAGAUCUUCGUAAUUGUGGUUUCAAUAAGGAUUGGUUGGAUGAUGUUGAAAGACUCAAGACAGUGCUUUGAUUCUGCAUUUGGAGGAUCUUAAGCAUCAUAUUCAGGAACAUAUCAGGCUCAAAGUUUCCAAGUCAGAACUACUUUGAGCACAAACUUGGCUAUCUCAUAUUAUUUUUCCGUUUCUUUCUCUAUUAAUAUAUGUUGGUUGCGUUGAAACUUUGGUCUUAGCAUACUUGGCAAUGUCAAAAAACAAAACACAA